UGUCAUGGUCUGUUUCCUAGCCUAUUCUAUAUGUCAGAUGUUUAUACUGAAAUGAGUUCACCUAUAGCUCGUGUGGGAUGGAGAUGUCUGCAACCUACAGUAUAACCUGAAAGUGUUAAUAUGUUUUUUAACUAUACAGUAAUCCAGUUGAAAUUUUCAUUGUUUUAAUACAGCACAAAGUCUUAAACAACUUUCUAAUUUACUUCUCUCAACAAAUUUCCUUUGUUCUCUUGAUGUUCAUUGUUUAAGAGUAAACCUAGGUAGGCUCAUAGGAGCUCAGGAGUGUGCACGUGUCUUUAGUACUAAAUGGUAUCUAUUUAUAACAUUACUACACACACUGCUGCCAUAGAGUGCUAAAGACUUAUGCACUAUGCUAUGUGGGUUAAAUAUAGUUAAAGGGACAUUAAACACUAAAUACAUUUCAUGCAUCACCCUCUGAUCGCAGGGGAUUUUGGUACCUAGGUUACACUGAAGGAGAUUUGGUGCAAACACGUCAGCAUGAGAAUGCAGUGAAAGCUACAUUUCAACAUGGCAGCACCCUCAUAACUAUGUUUAUAACGUGUUUAGUGUUUAAUGUCCCUUUAAAGUCAUCUGCAGAGCAGCAAUGCACUAAUGGGAGCUAGCUCAACACAUCCAGUGAGCCAGUGACAAGAGGCAUAUGUGUGUAGCCAGCAAUCACCAGCUAGUUCUCUGUGCAGUGCUGUUUCUAAGCCUGCCUAGGUGGGCUUUUCAACAAAGGAUAACAAGAAAACAAAGUACAUUUGAUAAAAGUAAAUUGAAAAAUCUCAUAAUGUGUAUCCUCUAUCUGAAGCACAAAAGUUUGACUUUACUGUCCUGCAUUGCACUAAUUUGGUUUGUUUGCUUGAAACAUUUACAAAUUGUUAAAGGAACAUAAUAAAUAAUAAAAUCUUUAAUCAUUCAUACUGUUUUAAAAAAAAGUUUCCAAGUUUCUUCUAUGAUCAACUUUGCUUUGUUCUCAUGGUAUUCUUUUUUUAAGAGGAUACCUAAGUAUGUAACGUGUGCAUGUCUGGAGCCCUGUAUGGCAGUAGACACUGUUGCAAUGCUCUUGCAAAUGUAUAAUGUUAAAAGCAUUUUUGCCAUUUAGUGCUCAAAACUCAUGCAUGCUCCUAAACCUACCUACCUGCUUUUCAACAUAGGAUAUCGGGGGAAUUGAAGUAUAUAUGUUUGCACCAUCUCCGCUGUGUGUUUACCUUACUUGGCUGAUCACCCCCUCUUAUGGCUUGAGCAUCUGAUAGGCUGACCACUACCCUACUAGUUAAAACAGAAUUUAAAAUCAGGCUGCUUGCCAGAUAGGUAAAAACUUACCUGUGGGGAUGCAUAGACUUUUAUGACGUAUUUUUAUUUAUAAUAUAAUAUAACACAUUUUUACAGCAGUAAAUAUGCCAGGCUGUGCAAUACUGAUACUAUACAUUUACACUGUACAUUGUAGUAACAUUUUGACAGAACAUUCUUUAAAGGGACACUCAACCCAAACAUUCAAGUAGAGAAUACAAUUUUAAACAACAUUCCAAUUUACUUAUAUUAUCUAAUUCGCUUCAUUCUUUAGAUAUCCAUUGUUGAAGAAAUAGCAAUGCACAUGGGUAAGCCAAUCACACGAGGCAUCUAUGUGCAGCAACCAAUCAGCAGCUACAGCUAGAUAUGCUUUCCAGCAAAGUAUAUCAAGAGAAUGAAGCAAAUUAGAUAAUAGAAGUAAAUUAGAAAGUUGUUUAAAAUUGCAUGCUCUUUCUAAAUCAUGAAAGAAAAAAUUUGGGUUUCAUGUCCCUUUAAACACUGUUUUCCCCCAGGUCCUAUUUAAUGGGCACAGCACCCAGCUGAUUUUACUGAUCAGCCAGAUAACAUUUAUGCUAAUUUUAAAGGGACAGUAAAGUCAAAAUAAAACUUUCAUGAUUCAAAUAGGGCAUGCAACUUUAAACAACUUUUAUCAUCAAAGUUGCUUUGUUCUUUUGGUGUUCUUUGUUGAAAGCUUAACCUUGGUAUGCUCAUAUGCUAAUUUCUAAGCCCCUGAAGGCUGCCUCUUAUCUCAGUGCAUUUUGACAGUUGUUCACAUCUAUACUGCGCUAGUUCAUGUGUGCCAUAUAGAUAUCAUUGUGCUCACACCUGUAGAAUUAUUGAUGAGUCAGCACUGAUGAUCUAAAAUUCAGGUCUGUCAAAAGAACUGAGAUAAGGGGGCAGUCUGCUGAGGCUUAGAUACAAUCACAGAGGUAAAAGUGUUUUAAUAUAACUGUGUUGGUUAUCUAACACUGGGGAAUGGGUAAUAACGGGAUUCUCUAUCUUUUUAAACAAUACAGAUUUUGGAGUAGACUGUCCCUCUAAGUUAUCUGAUAUUACAUUUCAAUUAACAUUAAAUACAUUUAUAUUAAAUUAUGCAAUUUAAUUACACUGCUCCCACCUGGCAACUUCAUAAUGCAGUCGGCUGGAAACAUUUUCUGUGUAGAACACUGAUAAAUUAUAUGUCCCACCCCCCUUAAUUUUAGGUUGC